AUGCAAUAUCCAGGUAUGGGCUGUUUCUGGGGAGCCGAGAGGAAGUUUUGGAGUCAGAAGGGAGUCUACUCCACUCAAGUGGGUUACGCAGGAGGGUAUACUCCAAAUCCUACCUACAAAGAGGUCUGUUCAGGUAAAACUGGCCACACAGAGACUGUACGAAUAGUAUAUCAGCCAGAAAACAUCAGCUUUGAGAAACUGCUCAAGGUCUUCUGGGAGAAUCAUGACCCGGCACAAGGAAUGCGACAAGGUAAUGACUUUGGCACACAGUACCGCUCGGCCAUCUACACGUUUUCUCAGGAACAGAUGGAAGCUGCCUUGAGAUCUAAGGAAGAAUAUCAAAAGGUAUUGACGGAGGGCGGUUUUGGUCCCAUCACAACAGAAAUCCGGGAGGCUCCGGAGUUUUAUUACGCCGAAGAUUACCAUCAGCAGUACCUCAGUAAGAACCCCGACGGAUACUGCGGCCUCGGGGGAACAGGGCUUUCCUGCCCUAUUGGGAUCAAGAAAUAGCCUGUGCUUACUCCACUGCCUCCACUUUGGUUUAAGGAGUUGUUUGAAAAAAGACCGACGACCCUGAUAGGUGUUAUGGUAUACCCGCAGCGUCAGUGCAUAAAGAUUUGGGAUCCUGUUGGGGCGGCUUUCCGUAAUCUGAGCAGUUUCCCAUUCACCGACAUUAAAAGCCAAAGUAGAGGCAGAAAUCGCACCUGUUGGCAAAUGCAGCUUCUUGCUCUGUGCCGCUCACUGGGUAUCCUUGCAGUCUUGUGAUCUGGAGAGAAAAGCAACUUCUAAAAAUUUCGUUAGAAGUGCUGUUAAAAAGAUGAAUUAGGGGGUGGUUGCACCUGCUAACUGCUUUGCAUAGUUAAUGCCUUCGGACGUUUAUUUUCUUGGGUUAAUGAAUUUGCUCGUGUUAUGAGAGCUUUGACUUCUGGAGACGUGGUUGAGCUCAUCUUAACCAUCACAACCCUGUAAUUUGAUGCCUUUGAGAAUGGUGAGUUUAUAAGGUCAGUAACUUUCUCACAGUUCCACUUUCGCAGCAACAUGUAAUAUCACCUAUAGUGCCUAUUUUCUGAAACAAUUUUAGUAAGAAAAAGUAAAAAUUGUACUGUGAUACUUCUUUUUGACAGUUCCAAAAAGUGUAUAAACACAAAAAGAAAUCAAUUUUGUUUCCUGCACUGCAAUAAAUUACA